AAAACAAAAUUUUUUUGUACCGUUACAACCUAACGUCACGUGGGCUACUGGGCUUAAAUCUUAAGACGUCCAGCCCAUCACUCAAAAUGCUACAAUUUGGGCCCAUUGAAAAUCUUAAGUCCAGACAAAAAAACAAAAAACAAAAAAAUUUCCCUCCCAAAAUUUCUCUCUCCACUAAAUUACACUCCUCCAACUCUCUGAGUUUUGAAGAGAGAGAAAGUGACGAUGAACGGAGAAGACGACCGCCAUAGCCAGAGUGAGAAAAGCUUAAGGAGAAACAACAAUGGCGGAAAAGGUGCAAAGAUUAUCGUCUUUACUGGAACUGCUGCUGUUCUAGCUGUUGCUCUUAACUUCGCUUUCUUCGCCUUCAAAUCGUUCAAAAAACGUAGCAAAUCUAAAGAUCUUGUCGGUUCGAAUGUGAGGGUUAAUCUUUCGGCAAAUGAAAUUAGGAAGCUGGUGGACCGUAUUAUUGCGGAAUCGACGGAGGUUUAUGAUGCUGUUGCUUCGGUUCCUGUUGAUAAGGUUAGAUAUCAAGACAUUAUGCUGCUAGCAGAACUAGAGGCAAGACAAUUUCCACUGGUCCAAUCUUGUGUUUUUCCAAGGUUAGUAUCGACGUUGGAGGAUGUACGCAAAGUUAGUGCUGAAGCGGAGCAAAAAUUAAAUGCACAUAUUGGUUCUUGCAGAAAGCGAGAAGACGUUUACAGUGUUGUAAAAGCUUUUGCUGCCAGAGGAGAGUGGAUAAGUGCUGAAGCAAAAUCAUAUGUUCAAUCUCUGGUUAGAGAUUUUGAACAAAAUGGAUUGAACCUUACUUCAGCAAAGAAAGAGGAAGUUCAACGUUUGCAGGCUCAGAUAGAUGGUUUAAGCAUGCAAUAUGUUCAGAAUAUCAAUGAUGAUUCUAGCUUCCUUCUCUUCACUGAAUCAGAGCUCGAAGGAUUACCCUCUGAACUACUACAGAUAUUCAAUAAAGCUAACAAUGAUAAUAUCAAAGUUACUAUGAAAAGUAAUCACGUGUUGCCAAUAUUGGAGCUCUGUAAAGUUGGAACUACUCGGAGGAAGGUAGCCGUAGGAUACGGGCAAAGAUGUAAAGAAGUUAAUUUGCCUGUGUUAGAAAAUUUGGUUCAGUUGCGCCAUAAAUUAGCUAGGUUGCUUGGGUAUGAUAACUAUGCAGAAUAUGCUGUUGGUUCUAGAAUGGCAAAGACAUCAUCAAAGGUUAUGGAAUUCUUGGAGGACUUAUCGACGAGUUUAACUGACUUGGCUGCCAAAGAACUUGCUAUAUUGGAGGAUUUGAAAAAAAGAGAGGAAGGAGAUGGUCCUUUCGGAAUGGACGACCUGCUCUAUUACGUUAAAAAGUUUGAAGAAGAAAAGUUCGAUGUAGACUUUGCAGCACUUAAGGAGUACCUUCCUCUUAGCUUGAUCCUGCAAGGGAUUUUCAAAAUACUUCAAGAUCUUUUUGGUCUUAAAUUCGAAGAACUCGUUAGUGCUGAGGUGUGGCAUGAAGACAUACGUGUUUUCUCCGUCUUUGAUUUGAGUUCUGGUGAACUUGUGGGCUAUGCUUACCUUGAUCUCUACUCCAGGGAAGGAAAAUAUGGUCAAACUUGUGUCUUGCCGCUUCAAAAUGGUUCACGAUCAGCAAGUGCUGCUAGACAGGUUCCAGUUAUUUUACUGAUGUCUGAGUUCUUAAAAGAGGAUUGCAGCUCUCCUGCAUUAUUACGAUUCUCUGAAGUUGUUAGUCUUUUCCAUGAAUUUGGCCAUGUGGUCCAUCAUUUGUGUAAUCGUUCGUCACUUGCUCGGUUUUCUGGCUUGCGGGUUGAUCAUGACAUUGUGGAGAUUCCUGGUCAUGUGUUUGAGAACUGGUGCUAUGAGAGCAGCAUCUUGAAAUUGAUAUCAGGUUAUUAUCAGGAUAUAACAAGGCCAAUUAAGGAUGAUAUAUGUGUGUCUUUGCGGAGAUGGCGGUACUCGUUUUCUGCGCUCAAAUUGAGGCAGGAAAUCCUUUACUGUCUUUUUGAUCAAAUAAUACAUUCGACUGACAACAUUGACUUCCUUGAGUUGUUCAAGUAUCUCCACCCCAAGGUCAUGUUGGGACUACCACUUUUGGAAGGCACAAACCCGGCUUCUUGUUUUCCACAUUCAGCAGUUGGUUAUGAAGCUAGUUGCUACAGCCGCAUUUGGAGCAAGGUUUUUGCUGCUGAUAUAUUUGCUUCUAAGUUUCGCGAUGGUGGUCUCAAUCAUCAUAUUGGCCUGCAGUUCCGCAAUAAGGUACUAGCUCCAGGGGGAGCAAAGGAUCCACUUGAAUGUUUGUCAAAUUUCAUUGGAAGAGAACCGUCCAUUCAAGCAUUUGUAGAUAGCAUAGCUUUUUCAAGCGUCUCUUAAAUCAGCAGAUAUUUUAAUCAGAUUCAUUCACUUUCCAGCUUCCUGAGUCUGAAGGGACCGAGAUUAUCAUAGAGGGUAUCAUGUUUUUCCAGAUUCGACAGCCUCUUUUGCAUUUGCCAAGGAGAAAAGGAUCCAUUUACUUCGAUGCAAUUUGGUUUUCUUCUUCGAUGAGUCACCGAUCCUCGUGUAAAGAAGAAAUUUUGAGUAGGAGCUACAACAGUUGUACUUUUCUUGAAUUCUUGCACUCCCCUUAUUAAGUAGUAGAAGUAGGAGUAUUAUUCUAGUGUGAUCAAUAUGGGUUUGUCAUUAGUAGAUUCUUCUACUAGUAAGUACCCAAUUUUGAGAAAAAAUUUCAUCCAUGUUUCUAUGUCAGAAUGACCUUGUGUUAAUAUAAUCGUCUCAAUCAUAGAUUGCUAUGAUACAGAA